GCUCAUAGAGGCUCACAGCUGUGAGUACCGCCACCUGGGUUCGAUUCCUGGCCACUGGGGAUUUCACAUUCGGGCUGCAGCGACACAGAUUAGUCCCUUAGGAAGCCUUUGGGGAAACUUUGUAUAAUCAAAAAAAAAAAAAUCGAAAAAAUAUAUUAGAAAAUUUGAAAGUGUAGCAGAGAAAAUGUAUUAUUCUAACACUUUUGUCAGCAGAUGUUAGUGCCUUAUGCUAAGCCUUUGUAAUACAUAGAAUCGGUGGCUGCCGUUUUCCUUCUAUUUUGGCAGAUUGUUGGUUGAUUGAGAAACCAACGUGAACUUGAAGUAAGAUAAGUCAACCAACCUCUAUUAGCGUGGUUAGUUUUUUACUCAUUUACGUUUUAUGGCUGAUAACUAUGUUUAUGGUAGUCAAGGCUUUGUGAAGUUUGUCUGGUCCAGUUCUUCCACCACCUUCUUUUGAUUCCACGUUCAUAACUGAAUGUGUUAAUUAGUCAGUGAUGCUUGAAGUGUGAAUUAAGGUAGCCAUGGGGGGGGGAGAAAACUUCAAUAUUUCUUGCGAAAAGACAACCAUCCUAUGAAGCAUAAAGCAAAUUGCUUAGAAGCAUCCUUUCACACAACCCAUUUCUGCUUACUAGCCCUUGGAGUAGAUCUAGGUGUGCUUGGCCGGAUGGCAGGUUUUGACUUAGUAAAAGCUUCAGAAUAGUAGAAUGUGGUGGUAAGCCUUUGCUGGCCAGCACUCUGUGGACUAAGCCCGUUAUGAUUCUGAACUUGAAGAGAAGAAAUUACAUUUGGUGUGUGGAAAUGGUGAAUCAGUUGAUCAGGAAAGGAUGAUGGCUUUUUCACUUGUGUAGUUUAGUGUAUUCUUGGUUGGGAGUUUAAUUUGCCUGCAGGAGUAUUGUUGGAGGGUUUUGGCUCAGAAAAUUAAACUUAUUUCCUGCUGUUGAAUCAUCCAUGGUUAGCUGGACUCAAAGGUUGAAGCUUUGCGUAUUCAUGGGGCACAGACAUUUUCCUGGUUCUUUCCAAUUUUUCGAUGAUGAACAAGAUCAAGGCUGGAACCAUAUGCACCCAGAGCACCCAUAUACGAGUCUAGCAAGAACUGGGAUCAGUGAGAGCAGAUCGCAUGUUAAUCCAGCAGGAAACAUGUUGAAUGAAGGAAUGCCAUUUUCUUCGCACUGGAACUCUUCUACAGGACCAAAUGCGUAUACUGCUUCAGGUCAUAGUGUAGAGAGGCUACACUACAAUCCAGGGACUAGCGGCCCCUCCCAUGUUCCUGUCAUGAGUUCAGCAGCUGCAACUUUCUCUGCUCCACAUGAACAUUAUGUGACAUCUGCAUCUUCUUCGUACUGCAACAGUCAGACAUGGUCAUUGGAUAGCUAUGUUGAUCUACAUAUGGAAAAUGUGAGAGGAGCACAGAAGCGGAAAACCCCAUGCGAUUCUUCCGUCUAUGAAAUGGGUAGUUCAAGCCAUUACCACGGUGGCAGAACUUCCUCAGAUAUCCCUUUCUCCUCGGAGUUGGACAUGGGAAAAUCAACAACUCGUGAUCAUGGUCCUCAUUACAUGCCGUGGCUCAUGAACCCAAGUUACAGAAGUAAUAAUCUCUCGAUCAGGGGAGAGAGUUCUUCAAGGAAUGUCCGGAGUCGUCCUACACUUGAUUUAGAGACUAGUAUAGAUAGAAAUAUUUUUUCAAGAAGCUUGGACCUUGAUUCUCAUCCUACACAUCACAAUGUUGAUCACUCUAGCUCAGGUCAGUUUCCUGGUCAAACAUCUCACAGGAAUAAGGACUGGAACUGGAACUUUCCUAGACACUCCCCAGUACCUAGAGAUUUAAAUGGCUUUAGUCCAAAGACAAAUAAUUUUCUUCCCACGAGAAGUGUCGCCAACAGCACAUCUGUUGAUACCUCUUGGUAUCACCAAGGGCUAAUCGGAAACAGAAACUCUACAGUUUCCCACGGUUUUCCUGGAACUUCAACACAAUCUGCAACUAGCUCCCGCUUCUCUCAUAGGUCAACACCCACCUAUAGAUCUUCUUCAAACGGUUUGCGAUUGGAACAUUCAGCAUCUUCUUCUGGAGAUAGGUCUCCUUUUGUCACUGAGACAUAUCCUUCUAGGCAUCUGAGGCCACCACCACACAUCUCAUGGCGUAGCAGUGAUCGCCCAGGGAGACGCAGGAGUUCCUAUGAGAGGUUUCAGCCUCCUUUCGAUGAAGUUGCUCUCCAUGAACCAUUUUCAUCUCAGGGAUUUAUGGCUGUAGAUCACCAACAGCACUAUGGAUCCAGGAAUAUGCAUGAUCACCACAGAGACUUGAGGCUCGACAUCGAUGACAUGACCUACGAGGACCUUCUUGAUCUUGUUGAAAGGAUUGGGAGUGUGAACACUGGUCUAUCCAAUGGCGCAAUCGCCAGUUGCUUGUUAGAGACGAUAUUCUACCCGUUGUAUCAAACGGAUGAGGAAAGAAAAUGUGCAAUCUGCCUGGAGGAAUACAAGGAAGGAGAAGAGUUGGGGGAACUUAAAGGGUGUGGUCAUGACUACCAUGGAGGGUGCAUAAAGAAAUGGCUGUCUUUGAAGAACUCUUGCCCUAUCUGCAAAUCACCUGCUUUUACCUGAUGCUUCUAAGAACCCAUAUGAUAGAUAAACUAUACAUAUAUAAUUCUUUUUUUUUUUGUAACACCAUAUUUCAUUCAAAUAGUAACUUAAACUCCAAUGUUUAUGGGAGCCAUUACACAUGCUU